AGCGCCACUAGUGGACAAUAAGUGAAGUGUGCAUUGUCGACUGUUAUUGUUUUUAACCGCCAUGUGUUUACCGGUAUCAGAAAAUAAUUUUUUAUGAGAAUAAAAGACGCAUAUCUUUCUAAUCUUUAAUCUUUUUGUUCAAUAUUUGUUUAAAUGUACGUUUAGUCAUUAAUAAACUUGCAAACUCUUAUAUCUUUAAUCAUUUCAAAAUUUUGUACUUGUCUUCUGUUUUGUUUGUCAACUGAACGGAUUCUUUGUCAACAAACUAACAAAAGUGAGAAAUUUUGCAUACAAAAUGGAAAAUAGAACUACUUUAUCACAACCCUUGAAAAAAGUACUUCAAGUUAUUUCACAUCAUGGAAUUCUUUCUGAACAAGAUUUGCAGAAGUUUAUUGAAAAAAUCUGUGGAAAUGACCGCAAUUCCAACUUUAUGGCAUAUAUCAGUAAAAUAAACGCAGCUUUAAAUGAAGUUGAUCUAACUGUUAAAUCAUCAAUAUGUGAAUUGACAGGCCAGAAAUAUUGGACUUUAAGUAGUACAGUUCUUAAUGAAAGUGAUGAUGAAAAUGAAGACGAUCAACCUAACAGAAAAAGAAAUCUUGCGCCUAGCCAAUCGUCUCAGAAUCCACAGGCUAAUGAUGAUGACGAAAAUGAUUUGAUGCUAAGUAGUUUUACAAAACCUCAAAUAGAAUUGUUUAAACUUAUCUGUGAAGAUAUUAUGCUGCAUCCUGCCCAUUGUGUUCCAAGCAAUAAUUGCAUUAAUUUAGUUGGUGUUAUGAAAGGUAGAAUGGUACGAUCUGAAGCAGAAAGAUUUUUAAAACAAGCUAUCAAAGGUUUAUGGUUUACUAUGAAAGAUGGACAAGUUUAUAUUGGUCCAAGAAGUAUAGCUGAGUUAAUGCCUUUUUUCAAAGCUAAUUACGAAGCAGGUUUAACUACUUGUUCUAUAUGCAAUUACGUGAUAUUUUAUGGUCAUACAUGUGAACAAUGCGAUAGUAGAAUUCACUAUCAUUGCCUUGCAAAUAUGUUGAAAUUUACUCCUACAAUGAAGUGUCUAAGGUGUCAAAAGCCACUUAAUAUCGAUCGAGAUGAUCUUUUAUCAUAUUCUUCUUCCCAACUUGAAAGUAAUGAUGUAUCGCAAAGAUCUCUGCUUGAAAGUAAUGAUAUAUCGCAAAGAUCUCAGUCUGAAAAUAAUGAUAUAUCACAAAUGUCUCAGCCUGAAAGUAGGAAUGUGUCUCAGAGACCUCAAAAAACAAAACGCGGAGAGCGUUAAGUAUUACACAAAUAUGUUUCUUAAAAAUUUCUUUAUUAAAAGUUAACAUUAUUUAUAUGUAUUUUUAUAAUUAAAAAGUAUUUUAAAUACUCAUGUGUAUUUUAAAAA